AUGCCGUGCCAAGUGGAACUCAUCACGGAAACCAUGAUGUUCAUGAUUCACACAUUUGCUGGGGAUAAAGCUUACUUAACAAAGGAGGACUUGAGAGUGCUCAUGGAAAAGGAGUUCCCUGGAUUUUUGGAAAAUCCAAAAGACCCUCUGGCUGUGGACAAAAUAAUGAAGGGCCUGCACCAGAAUCGGGACGUCAGAGUGCGCUUCCAGAGCUUCGUUUUGCUAAUUGCUGGACUCACCAGCACAUGCAAUGACUAUUUUGUAGUACACAUGAAGCAGAAAGGAAAGAAGUAA